AUGAACCAAAUAUACAACUUCAUCUCGACCUGCGACAGUGUAUCUGUGCGUACCGAUGAAACAGUGGUGGUCAUGUGCAUUAUUUACUCGAUCUGCGCAGUGAUCGUCUACUUCCUUCACACAUUCUUCAUCAUUUGGCUGCACUUCCACUUUGUCCGUAUACUCAAAUCAACAUAUCGAGAAGACAAAAAGGUUCACGAGACUUUUUCAUGAGGUUUUUCACAAUUUGUUCCAGCAAACCUACUACGCCGCUGUACCGAUCCUAGAAAUGGGAUCGAUUCUGUGCGGUUUCCUCUACCAUUUCGCCUCUUUGCUACCGAAAUCUUUACUGAACAACAGUAUGACGGCUGCUGUCAUUGCUGGAGCAUUUGCAAUGUUCGUAUACUCCUUGCCGCUGUUCAUUUCAAUAAUUGAUGCCAUUUUAUGUGUACAGAGGAUUUUCGUCUUUUUCGAUAUACUCCCACAGUUCAGCAAAAAUUUCAAAUUGUGAGUGAGGGAAAAAUUGAAAAAAAGCCUAUGAGUGUAUUUGCAUUUUUUUUUUCUCAAAAUAAUUUUCUCAUUUAGGGUGACGAUUAUUCUGACUUUGGUGUUAUGCCCCGCACUGACCUAUCUCACAAAUCGUUCAAUGUUUUAUUCUAAUCGUGUUUUCGGAAAAUAUCAACUAUACCUAAUUUCGGAGCAGACGAACAGUGAAGCAUCGCAUGUUUUGGACAAGGAAGCACAAGAAAGCUAUGCUUUUUAUUGGGUGAGUCCAAUAGUCCAUUCUACAAAAAUUUCAUUUCAAGAUUGACAUGUUUUCUCGAUUCGCAACUUCUAGUUUCUGUAUCAUUGGCUACAUGAUCUUCAUCAUUAAAAUUCGAAGAAAAUUCAAUUUUCAAUCGAUUUCCGUCUCCUCAAGAAAUGACCUCAAAAUAGUGUAUCAAGCUUUGCCCAUCGCUGUUUCCAGCUUUGUGAGAGUCAAGUUUUUUUUUUUGCCAAACCGGUCAUGAUUACAGUUGGGAACUCUUUGGCUUUUUUUAAGUCUAGAAGAAGAAGGUUCUCGAAGGAAUGUAUACUUGAUGGGCCGUAUUUAUACUGUAACCUUGAUGGGUGAGUUGAGUCCCGUAAAUCGAAUACUUUGAGGAUAGUAGGAAGUUACAAUAAGCCAACCCAUGAUUAACAAUAUUAAAUUGAAGGUUACGUCAUCCCACUUUCAUUUCUCAUAGCGAGCCCUGAGAAAAGGCGACUAUUCAUCGAGACGACGUUUCUCAGAAAAUGCUUCCGACUCAGAAAACUAAUCGACGCCAGUUCUGUCCACACAAGAUCGAGCAGUCAGAAGAGUUCGGAGCCCUCCUCGCGAGUGUCUUCAAGUAAGUAACUAGUUCAUUAAAUUUCAGGGUUUAUGCUUUGGUGUACCCUUUAUUGCCGCAUUUUUUCAAGUUUGUCAAAUCCUAAUGUACUAAUUGAAUCAAAUAUUUUUUUUUUUGAAAAUCAAAGUUCCAAACUCUCAAAAUUUGGACUUUUCCAGUUCCCUCCUUGCAUUUUGAAUGGGAAGAAAUAAAUUUGAAAAUGUUCUCAGUUUUUUUUUUUCCAAAAGCUAAUGUCAUAGUGACCACUCCAAAAUCUGCGUCUUCCCGUGCAAUACCGCGAAAAUAUUUCCAUUCUCUCUUCUACCUCCUGAAAUGAACUCCGGCACGCGUAAACUUUCUCUGACUUUAUCUGAAGAUGACUUGCGGCCACAUAUGAGAAAAGCAAGUAAGUUUAUUAUUUAGACAUUUAUUAGUAUUCAGAGAAGCUUCUCUGCUGGCGACUCGGGUGGUAGAAAUGAGAUAAAAAGGAUUAGGACACUUGAAAAAAAAAAAUCACGAGCCACGUUUUUUCAAGUUUUUGCAGAAUCCUCGCAAAGAUCGUUUACGGUGGUCACCCCAUUUGAAAACUCUCCGGCGCCUUCGCCCCAUAAAAGUCAAACGAUCGCCGACUUGAAUAGAGAACACGAAGAGAGAGAACUUCGCAAGAAGAAAAUCGUCGAAGAAAUUGAAAAAAAGAAAAAAGAAGAGUUGGAAGAAAAGCUCGAAAAGGAACGAAAGGAACAAGAGCAAGCUGAAAUAUAUAGACAGCGGCACCAGAUCGAACGACCAUCGAGCAACGUAAUAUAUUUCUUUUUUUUUUCAUUCUAAUUUCAAUUACUUUGAGUGGAUAUAAGAACAAAGAAUUUGCUGUCAAAUAGAGUCUCUAAUAUUCUUCAAAAGUACAAUGGUCCUUUUCCAUCCUUUUUUAUCUGAAGAGUGGGCAAAGCCGGACUUGGAAAUUCUAAUUUGGACCGCUUUCUGAUUCUGGCAAUUGAACAAUCCCUUUUUACAGAUGGCUUUAGAAGGAAACCUCACAAGGCGGCGUUUCAGUGAUAAGAAGUACUUCAAUUGGGACUCCGAAGAAGAUAACGAUGUACCAAAGGACCCUGACAGUGUUUCAAUAAAGCCUUUCUCGAAGAAACAUCAAGAUAGGUAGGGUUAUAAAAAGUGAAACUUCUUUUUCUAAAGAAACAUCUUGCAGGGCAACUGAACACUGCCACCUAUGCUACCUAGCCAGGAAGGCUGACAAGUCUGAAAAAGAAAAAGAUUACAUUAUGAGUGAAGCUUGCGCACAUGUCAACGAUUUUUCGAGGAAUUAUAGUACUUGAAACUAUAAUGGGAAUAACGUUCUUUUAUUCAUCCCUUGUUCGAAAUGAAAUCGAUUACUGUCAUUGUACUACUUUAAUUUAAUAAAAAAGCUUUGCUUCGCUCGACAUGCUUUUAUGGGAAAGUUUGCCGUUUUGAGAUGGUGGAAUAUCAAAACUUAUAAAUUGAAACGAAAAAAAAAGAAAAAAAGGCAAAGUUCAAAGUAUUUAGCUUCCAAAAAUUCCUGCUAUGAAGGUCACCAAAAUUACAAAAACUUCGGGGUUCGCGAAGUUCAGUAAUCUUUUAUCUUAUUCGACAGAGAAAGAGACAUUUUUUCGAUAUCAAUUCAGUUACCCCAUUUCAAGACCAAAAUGAUUAUUUUUUCUGUGAUCCAGCUACUUUCCAAUUGAUUGCUUUCCAAAGCUGAAAUAUAGUGUAUACGUUUGGCGCAAAACUCUAUUGCUUUUCAACCUGGCAUCUCAUAUUUACAUGUGUCCCAAUACCUUUCCGCCGUCGCUUGUGACUAUAAAAGACGAAAAGCAAGCAAAACAUUUUUUUUCUCGAAAUGAUAUUUUUCAGUACCCUAACAAUACUUCUAGCUUCUGCCGUUGCAGCACAGUAUCCAUGUGGGAUCUUUUCAAACAAAAAAGUGCACUUUUAAAAAAUUUAAGCAGUGAACGGAUUUUGUCCUUCGGGCUUCUACCUUCACCCAGCAUCCCAAUGCUUCGUCAAUUCCAUUUAUUACGGACGUAAGAUUUUGUUUUAAUAUUUGUUUUUUCUGAUUCUGCUAUAUUUUUCCUCAAUUUAGAAACCGUUAAUGGGUAUUGUCCUUCGCCAACUGUUCCUGGUGAUGGACUGUGCUAUCAGAUAUCUUCUCAAUUAUAUUUUGGAGGUUAAACAUUUUUUAGUAAUUUAAAAGUUCUGUUAAAUAAUACAAGCAAAAAUUUAACGAUUGGUGAUAAACUAAAGAAAAAUUCAGUUUUCUUUCAGUUCUGUUUAGGGACUACAUUUUUGGGAAAUUCAAAACGAAACUGACUGAUUUUUGAAAAAUAUCAGUACAAAGUCUUUUGCUAUUUUUUUUUUAAUGUUGCCCUAUAUUAAUGCAAAACCUCUGCAGAGACUUUCGAAGAGGCUCUAUUAGAGCAGAAAUAAUGGAGUUAGUGAACUUUCCGAGCUUCGAUCCAAGAAAAAAAAAAACGAAUUUUCAGCCUGUGUCAACUCAUUUUGCCCCAUCGGAUACACUUGCUCUCAAACAACAGCAUACACUUACUGCUGCGUUCCCGGUGGAAAAUGA